AUGAGAAAUCACACAGCAGUAACCACUUUCAUCCUCCUGGGGUUAACAGAUGACCCCCAACUGAACAUUUUGACUUUCAUACUUCUAUUAAUCGCCUACUUGUUGAGCGUAACUGGAAACUUGACCAUCAUCAUCCUCGUGUUAGUGGAUAAUCACCUUAAGACGGCCAUGUACUACUUUCUCCAAAAUUUUUCCUUCUUAGAAAUUUCAUCUACUUCUGCCUGCAUUGUUAGGUUCUUAUACAGUCUAUCAACAGGAGAUAGGACCAUCACCUAUAACGCUUGUGUAAGCCAAGUAUUUUUUAUAUAUAUAUUUGCCAUAGCACAAUUUUUUCUCCUGACCGUCAUGUCCUAUGACCGGUACGUGGCGACCUGCAAACCCCUGCACUAUGUGACCAUCAUGAACCGCAGGGUCUGCAAAAUGCUUGUCUUCUGCUGUUGGAUGACUGCUUUGCUGUUGGUAGUCCCACUACUUAUUUUGUUACUGGGCCUGGAAUUCUGUGACUCCAAUGCCAUCGACCACUUUGGCUGUGAUGCUCAUCCUCUGAUGAAGAUCUCAUGCUCAGAUACUGGGCUCCUAGAGCAGAUGCUCAUUAUCUGUUCUGUUAUGAUCUUCAUCCUGACUCUCAUGUGUGUGGUUUUGUCCUACGCUUAUAUCAUCAGAACAAUCCUGAGGUUCCCAUCAGCGCAGCAAAGGAAGAAGGCGUUUUCCACCUGCUCCUCCCACAUGAUUGUGCUUUCUAUCUCCUACCGCAGCUGCAUCUUUAUCUACACCAAACCUUCAGCAAAAGAUGACAUGACCAUAAAUAAAAGAAUUUCACUGUUGAACACUUCUGUCUCUCCCAUGUUGAACCCGUUUAUUUACACUCUGAGGAACAAACAAGUCAUACAAGCUGUUAAGGACUUAAUGACAAAAUGGUACCCCUCUUAA